CACGUAUUGUAUUUGGUUUCCGUCCGGACGCAUUAGAAGGUGGCACCGCAAGCGUGUUUACAAUGCAUCCUCCACGCUGAAGUAGCCUCUCUCAUCACUUUGAAGUCUGCUGGAGAGUUAUCCACCAAAACUUGCAAAUAAGCAGCUCCUAGCUUCACCGACCAGCCAUCAUGAAGAUCAAGCGGCAGAAACAAGCCAAGAAAACCAUCAGCUUCUACAAAUACAACUUCAGCUUCAGGGAGCCGUUUCAGAUCCUCAUCGACGGCACGUUUUGCCAGGCGGCCUUGAAAAACAAGAUCCAGAUUAAGGAGCAGAUGCCGAAGUACCUGAUGGGCGAGGUGCAGCUCUGCACCACCAACUGCGCCCUGAAGGAGCUGGAGUCCCUGGGAAAGGAGCUGUACGGGGCCAAAAUCAUCCUGCAGAGGUUCCAGGUCAGGAGCUGUAAGCAUUUCAAGAGCCCCGUCCCUGCCUCAGAGUGUCUGCUGUCCAUGCUGGAGGACACCAACCCACACCACUACUUUGUCGCCACGCAGGACCAUGAGGUGACAGCGGGCCUGAAGAAGAUCCCAGGGGUGCCUCUGCUCUACAUCAUCCUCAACACCAUCGUGCUGGACAAGCCCAGCCAGUCGUCCCUCGACCACGUCCAGGCCGUCCAGAUGGGAGAGCUGAUCACCCCGGCCCAGCAGCAGAGCAUCCGCAGCCUGAAGGAGGAGCAGGGCAUUGGCCAGAACGAGGGAGAGAGGCGGGGCAAGAAGCGCAAGAGGAAACAGAGCAACCCCAACCCUCUGAGCUGCCUGAAGAAGAAGAAGAAAGGGCUGCCCACGCCGUCACUGAAAAAAACAGACGGGGAGAAGAAAAGGAGUCGGCACAGAAGACGUGGAAAGCAUGGAGUUGAGAGCGCGCCGGCAGCCCCAGUCACAAGUUAACAGUGUGGCCGGCAGCCAGAGACUUUUCAUUGUGUGUGAAUAUAGCGAUAACAGACAUUUUGUUCCUUUUCUAAGUAUUAUUUGAAGAAAUCAAAGAAUUUAAUAUACAUUUUGCUAAAUGUGAGGAUUGAUGAUGAUACUGUACUGCUCAGAAAAUGUCCGGUGAGUUAUUAAGACAUCACCUAUUAACAUUUAUUAUCUACCCUCUAAAAUAAAUGUAAUCUCUAUCAAAAACA